GCGAGCUGUCCUGGCAGCCGCCUUCGCCAGGGUGCAAAGAGCAGUCAGCUGGGGUCAGGCACUGAACCCUGACGCUUGUCAAUUCCGGCCAUGGCGGGAGCCGAAUGGGAGUCUCUGGAGCAGUGUUUAGAGAAGUACCUGCCGCUCGCAGACUUCGGAGAAGUGAAGCGCAUUCUCUAUGGCAAGGAGACCAGGUCGCUCGAUCUGCCCAGGAGAGCCUUUGAAGCUGCCUGCCAGGGCAAUUUUGAGCUACAGGGACAUGGCUUUGAGGCAGCGGAGGAGCAGACGAGACACCCCCAGCUUGUGCGAGUAGGGCUGGUGCAGAACAAGAUCCCCCUCCCCACGGAAGCCCCCGUGGUGGAACAGGUCUCUGCCCUCCACAGACGCAUAGAGGCCAUUGUCGAGGUGGCAGCAAUGUGCGGAGUCAACAUCAUCUGUUUCCAAGAAGCGUGGACUAUGCCCUUUGCUUUCUGCACGAGAGAGAAGCUCCCUUGGACAGAGUUCGCUGAGUCAGCAGAGGAUGGCAUUACCACCAGAUUGUGUCAGAAGCUGGCGAAGAAGCAUGACAUGGUGGUGAUAUCCCCCAUCCUGGAACGAGACAGAGAUCACGGGGAUGUUCUGUGGAAUACAGCUGUGGUGAUCUCCAAUUCUGGAGCAAUCCUGGGCAAGACCAGGAAGAACCACAUCCCCAGAGUGGGCGAUUUCAACGAGUCGACUUACUACAUGGAGGGAAACCUGGGCCACCCCGUGUUCCAGACCCAGUUUGGCAGGAUUGCAGUGAACAUUUGUUAUGGGCGGCACCACCCCCUCAACUGGCUCAUGUACAGCAUCAACGGAGCAGAGAUCAUCUUCAACCCCUCGGCCACCAUUGGCGCACUCAGUGAGUCCUUGUGGCCAGUCGAGGCCAGAAACGCAGCAAUUGCCAAUCACUGCUUCACUUGUGCCAUUAACCGUGUGGGCGAGGAACGCUUCCCCAACGAGUUUACCUCUGGAGAUGGAAAGAGAGCUCACCGGGACUUUGGCUACUUUUACGGCUCCAGCUACGUGGCGGCCCCUGAUGGCAGCCGGACUCCCGGGCUCUCCCGUAACCAGGAUGGGCUGCUGGUCACUGAACUCGACCUCAACCUCUGCCGGCAGAUGAGUGAUGUCUGGAACUUCAAGAUGACGGGCAGAUAUGAGAUGUACGCUCGGGAGCUCGCUGAAGCUAUCAAACCCAACUACACCCCCCACAUCAUGAAGGAGUAGCUGGCUGCACCCCUUCCUGCCCCGGGAUAGGUGUGGGUGCCUCUUGCCCUCAGUGGAGGAGCUUCAGGUGUUCCAGUGCUCCCUGAUAAGGGUGUCGCCCAGAUGGGUUUUUCAAUGCCCAGGUGAAGGGGAAUAAAGGGGGAGUGGCUGCUAAAUGGGUACAAGGCUUCUUCCUGGAGCCAUGGAAAUGUUUUGGAAUUAGACAGAGGUGAUGAUGAUUGUGCAACACUGCAAAAGUAUAAAAGUACCACUGGAUCAUA